AUGACAGUGACAUACACAUACCGUGUUGCUGACGCACGCCUGGGCACCUUCUCACAGCUGCUGCUGCGAUGGAAAGGCAGCAUCUACAAACUCCUCUACUGCGAGUUCUUAAUCUUCGUCUCUUUCUACUUCAGCAUCAGCCUCAUCUACAGGUUUACUCUGGAUGAGAACCAAAGGCUGAUGUUCGAGAAAUUGGCUCUGUACUGUAACAGCUAUGCUGAGCUGAUCCCUGUGUCCUUUGUGCUAGGGUUCUAUGUUACCUUAGUGGUGUCCCGCUGGUGGGGGCAGUACGAGAGCAUCCCAUGGCCCGAUCGCAUUAUGAACCUGGUCUCAAGCAGCGUGGAUGGGAAGGACGAGUACGGGCGCCUCCUACGGCGCACACUGAUGCGCUACACCAACCUUUUGAAUGUGCUGAUCUUGCGCUCCGUCAGCACAGCCGUCUUCAAGCGCUUUCCCAGCAUAGAACACGUUGUGACAGCAGGCCUCAUGACUCCGGAAGAACACAAGAAAUUUGACAGUUUGAACUCACUCCAUAACAAGUUCUGGAUCCCCUGUGUGUGGUUUUCAAACCUGGCAGUGAAGGCACGUAAUGACGGACGCAUUCGUGACAGUGUACUCCUGCAGGGCAUCUUGAACGAAAUGAACACCUUGCGCAGCCAGUGUGGGCGACUCUAUGGCUAUGACUGGAUCAGUAUUCCAUUGGUUUACACUCAGGUGGUCACAAUAGCUGUUUACAGCUUCUUCCUGGCUUGUUUAAUUGGUCGGCAGUUCCUGGACCCAGCAAAGAAAUAUCCUGGCCAUGAGAUGGACCUCUAUGUGCCUGUGUUCACCUUCCUGCAGUUUUUCUUCUAUGCUGGCUGGCUCAAGGUUGCUGAACAGCUCAUCAAUCCAUUUGGGGAGGAUGAUGACGACUUUGAAACUAACUGGCUCAUUGAUAGAAAUCUGCAGGUCUCCCUGAUGGCUGUGGAUGAAAUGCACCAGGACCUGCCCAUCCUGCAGAAGGAUCCAUACUGGAACGAAUCAGACCCACAGCCUCCCUAUACAGCAGCAACUGCAGAAUACAAGCGGCCAUCUUUUCUUGGCUCAACCUUUGACAUCAGCAUGCAGAAAGAAGAGAUGGAGUUCCAGCCCCUGGAGCAGAUUAAAGAGAACGAGGAAGCCAACCACUCAACACCACUGCUGGGCCACAUCAGCCGCUUCUUGAAUGUCCAGUCCCCCAGUUUUACCAGGUCGUCGAGGAUGAACCUCAUGCGUCGGAGGAAUGAGAACUUGCCUCCUUCCCCUUGCUAUGUUUACCCAGAUGUGGGAAAACCUGGGAGCCCCACCAGUAUUAACCAGCAAAGAGGAGACUGCUCCUCGCUGGGCUUCAGCCCCCAGGAUCUGGACAAUGCAGCCAGAAAGCUGAGGGAGUUCGAUGCCUUCAUGUCGACGCCAUUCUAUGAGAGGCCUGGCUUCUACAGUGCUCCACAAACACCCAUCAGCUCCAUCCCCAUGAACUUCCCAUCCAGGCGACAAGGCCGCAAGAAGCCCCCUGCUCUCUCUAGUAUCACUGCCUGUCCCACCUCCGUGAGGGACCAUGCUGCCAAUCAGUCGCCUUGCAAAGCGAAUGAUAUGGACAGGAGUGAGAACUCCCUUGGUUCAGGAACUCGGGAAAGUUUUGUUUGGCCAACAGAGAAAAGCCAAGCUUCAGACUCCUUGGCAGUAACUGUCGAAGAGCAGGCAAGAAACACAGCCCAUCGAUCAAAGGAGACUUCUCCCCUUGGAAGUCCAGGAGGGCCUCUAUCCUCAGGGGACUCAGCAAGUCUCAAGUUCCCUUUCUUUGCCGAGUCCCCAAGCUCUGAGAUGCAGACCAAUUGCAAGAGCCUGAACAGUCUGAAAGGCCAUUGGCAGCCCCGGCCAACUCCAGACAGCACAGCCACUCCAAACGCAGACCACACCAGUUUCCUUCCCAGCUAUGGCAACAGGACCCCAAGCAGCAACGGCCCUGCCACGUUCUUUCCAUUCACACCACUGACAUCCCCAGUGCUUGAGAGAGCCCAUCUGAGCAAAGCUAAUGCUGUCGUUGCCCCUCCCUCAGAGGCGUCCCCUGGAGGCAAGGAGCAGGAUCCUCCAGCAGGAUCUGGGAUGCCAAGAGACACUGGAAGUGGAGGCGCCAUCAAUGCUUAUCAGCCGAAGGAUCAGCGAAAGGCAGCCACCUCAUCACCCAACGAUUCUGGCAUCUCCCUAGCAGAAGGAGACUUGGUGGGACUCAUGGAAGUGAUCAUGGAAACCAGUGAGCUCACAGCUGAUGAAGAGAAGGCAAACUGA